AUGGAGGACUUCCACAUCUGUCCAGUGAACAGCUACUACAAGCGGUUCCUGCUGCCGGUGUCCUACAGCCUGGUGUUCGUGCUGGGUCUGGCUCUGAACGGCACCCUGCUGUGGUGCACCUGCUGCCGCCGGACGCGUUCCUGGAGCAGCACCAGCAUCUACAUGACCAACCUGGCGGUGGCGGACCUCCUCUACGUGCUCUCCCUGCCCCCCCUCAUCAUCAGCAACGCCCGCGGGGACCUGUGGCCCUUCGGCGACGUCCUCUGCAAGUCGGUGCGCUUCUUCUUCCUGCUGAACCUGCACUGCAGCAUGAUGUUCCUGGCGUGCGUCAGCGUGCACCGGUUCCUCGGCGUGUGCUUCCCCGUGGUGGCCGCCGCCGUGCGCCUCCGGACCCGGCGGUCCGCCCUACUCGCGUCCGGCACGGUUUGGUUCCUGGCCGCGGCGGAGAUCUCCCCCACGCUGUUGUUCGCGCACACGGGGGAGAUCAACAACAUGACCGUGUGCUUUGAAAUGACCAACCCGAGAAACUUUGGUGUUUACUUCCCCUAUGGGCUGUUCUUAGCCAUAGUGGGGUUCCUGGUGCCGUUCAUCAUCGUGGUCACUUGCUACUGCUCCAUGAUGAAGGUGCUCUCCUCCAGGACCGCUGGCUCCAUCUCCAACUCUCCAGCUCUCAUGCGCAACAGGUCCCUGUCCACCGUGCUGCUGGUUCUGCUGGUGUUCGUGCUGUGCUUUGGGCCGUACCACGUCGCUCGCACCGUGUACCUGUUCGUGAGGGUGGACGUGCCCGCGGACUGCCAGCUGCUAGACGUGGUCAUGAUCUCCUAUAAAGUCUGGAAACCGGUGGUGAGUUUCAACUGCUGCGCAAACCCACUCCUCUACUUCUGGGGCUCGCACCGGCGCCGGCAGCAGCUGCGGGCCUGGCUGUGCUGGAGGAAGAAGAGGAGGGUGCAGCCCGGUGUGUGUGUGGUGGAGGUGGGCAGCAGGAACAGGACCGGAGGGUAG